GCUCGCAGCCCCGAGGCUGUCCCUCCUCCCCUGCGGAGGGCGGCGAGGCCGGGCGCGGCCCUGCCGGCGACGUCGCCGCGACCGGGCUGCCGGCGGGAGAAUAGAUUUCCGUGUUUCACUGUCUGGUAUUGCUGGUGUGCUUCUGCUGACCAGUCCUUGCAGGCUUCCGAGAUAGCGCGGUGGUGAAGAAUCACCCUCUCAAUGCAAGAGACACAGGAGAUGAGGGUUCUAUCCCUGGGUUGGAAAGAUCUCCUGGAGUAGGAAAUGGCGACCCACUCUGGUAUUCUUGCCUGGAAAAUUCCAUGGAUGAGGAGCCUGACAAGCUGCAGUCCAUGAUGUCACAAAGAGUCGUACGCGUCAGAGCAUUAAUGCACGUAUUCAGUCCUUGGACUCAUGUCCCAGCAGCAUAGUCUUCUCUGGUUUUGUCAAGCUAAUGUCUUUUGAUUGAGUCUUUGUAAACUCCUUAGGCUGUCCCUCCACUGAUUGAAACUGGGUCAGGAAGGGGAGAUUAGGCCACUGCCACCUUUCUAGAAAGAAAGAACUGCUCUGGGGGCGAGCUAGAGAGGGGACUCCUGUGUGAUAUUUGAGAAACUUUUCCUGACUGGGAUGUUUUUCUGGUGUCUCCUUCCACCAAGAGCUCCCUAGAAGUUUCUUUUCUAGGAGGCUGACAUCUAAUGGGAUCUCUGUGUUAGUCUCUGUCUGCCCCUCCUCACUCUUCUCUCUACUCCUUCUACCCCCAUCCCCGCCCAGGCCCGCUGAGCUGCAUUUCCUUCCCACCCAAGGAAGAGAAGCGCCUCCAGCAGAUGGUGGACUGCCUGCCCUGCGUCUUGAUCCUCGGCCAGGACUGUAAUGUCAAGUGCCAGCUGUUGAACCUGCUCUUGGGGGUGCAGGUGCUUCCCACCAACAAGCUGGGCGGUGAGAACUGUAAGCUUCGGCGCCUCCGCUUCACCUAUGGGACUCAGACUCGGGUCAGCCUGGCGCUCCCUGACCAGUAUGAACUAGUGCACACGCUGGCUGCUCACCAGGGCGACUGGGAGACCGUCCCUGAGGAGGACCUGGAGGCCCGGGAGGACAGUGAGGACGCUGCCCGCGUUCUAGCCGAACUGGAGGUGACGAUGCGCCAUGCUCUCUUACAGGAAGUGGACAUUGUGGUAGCACCGUGCCAAGGCCUCCGGCCCACAGUGGAUGUUCUGGGUGACUUGGUGAAUGAUUUCUUGCCUGUGAUAACCUAUGCACUCCACAAAGAUGAACUCUCUGAGAGGGAUGAGCAAGAGCUUCAGGAAAUCCGAAAGUAUUUCUCCUUUCCCAUAUUCUUUUUCAAAGUGCCGAAGCUGGGCUCAGAGAUAAUCGACUCCUCCACUGAAAAAAUGGAGAGUGAAAGGUCGCCACUUCAUCGCCAGCUGACUGACCUGGGCUAUCUGAGCAGCGGCCACUGUAACUGUGGGGCCCCCGGCCAGGACGCCAGAGCUCAGAGCAUGUUGGUGGAGCACAGCGAGAAGCUGAGACUCUUGAACGCGUUUUCUCACCAGGUGCUGCAGACUCGCCUGGUGGACGCAGCCAAGGCCCUGAACCUGGUGCACUGCCGCUGCCUCGACAUCUUCAUUAACCAGGCUUUUGACAUGCAGCGGGACCUGCAGAUCACGCCCAAACGUCUGGAGUACACUCGGAGAAAGGAGAAUGAGCUGUACGAAUCACUGAUGAAUAUUGCCAACCGGAAGCAAGAGGAGAUGAAGGACAUGAUCGUUGAGACUCUUAACACCAUGAAGGAGGAACUUCUGGAUGAUGCCGCCAACAUGGAGUUCAAAGAUGUCAUUGUCCCUGAGAAUGGAGAACCAGUGGGCACCAGAGAGAUCAAAUGCUGCAUCCGACAGAUCCAGGAGCUCAUCAUUUCCCGGCUUAAUCAAGCAGUGGCUAACAAGCUGAUCAGCUCCGUGGAUUACCUACGUGAGAGCUUCGUUGGAACCCUGGAACGGUGUCUGCAGAGCCUGGAGAAGUCUCAGGAUGUCUCAGUUCACAUCACCAGUAAUUAUCUCAAACAGGUCUUAAAUGCUGCCUAUCAUGUUGAAGUCACAUUUCACUCAGGGUCCUCAGUUACAAGGAUGCUAUGGGAGCAAAUCAAACAGAUCAUCCAGCGCAUCACUUGGGUGAGCCCGCCUGCCAUCACACUGGAGUGGAAGAGGAAGGUGGCCCAGGAAGCCAUCGAGAGCCUCAGUGCCUCCAAGCUGGCCAAAAGCAUUUGCAGCCAGUUCAGGACUCGGCUCAACAGUUCUCACGAGGCCUUUGCAGCUUCCUUGCGGCAGCUGGAAGCUGGCCACUCAGGCCGGUUGGAGAAAACUGAAGAUCUAUGGCUGAAGGUUCGGAAAGAUCAUGCUCCCCGCCUGGCACGCCUUUCGCUGGAAAGCCGUUCUUUACAGGAUGUCUUACUGCAUCGUAAACCUAAACUGGGGCAGGAGCUGGGCCGGGGCCAGUAUGGCGUGGUGUACCUGUGUGACAACUGGGGGGGGCACUUCCCUUGUGCCCUCAAGUCGGUUGUCCCUCCAGAUGAGAAGCACUGGAAUGACCUAGCUUUGGAGUUCCACUACAUGAGGUCUCUGCCAAAGCACGAGCGCUUGGUGGAUCUGCAUGGCUCCGUCAUUGACUACAGCUACGGCGGUGGCUCCAGCAUCGCCGUGCUGCUCAUCAUGGAGCGGCUGCACCGGGACCUCUACACGGGACUGAAGGCUGGGCUGGCCCUGGAGACCCGUUUGCAGAUAGCCCUAGAUGUUGUGGAGGGAAUCCGCUUCCUGCACAGCCAGGGGCUUGUCCACCGUGAUGUCAAACUGAAAAAUGUGCUGUUGGACAAGCAGAACCGUGCCAAGAUCACGGACUUAGGAUUCUGCAAGCCAGAGGCCAUGAUGUCGGGCAGCAUUGUGGGGACGCCAAUCCAUAUGGCCCCUGAGCUUUUCACAGGGAAGUAUGAUAAUUCCGUGGAUGUCUACGCUUUUGGCAUUCUCUUCUGGUAUAUCUGCUCAGGCUCUGUCAAGCUCCCUGAGGCAUUUGAGAGGUGUGCCAGCAAAGACCAUCUCUGGAACAAUGUGCGGAGAGGGGCCCGUCCAGAACGCCUUCCUGUGUUUGAUGAGGAGUGCUGGCAGCUGAUGGAAGCCUGUUGGGAUGGUGACCCUUCUCAGAGACCUCUCUUGGGCAUUGUCCAGCCUAUGCUCCAGGGCAUCAUGGACCGGCUAUGCAAGUCACAUUCUGAGAGGCCAAACAGAGGACUCGAUGAUUCUACUUGACAGCAGAGACCUUUCUCUUUCACUCUUUUUUUUCCUUCCCCUCACCUUUUGGCUAUGGGAAGAAUUUGACAUUUAUUCAUUACAGAGAGCUCCCAAGGGGACUGAUGCUUACUGGGAAACUUGAGACACUCCCAGGCAGAGAUGACUCCCAGAUAGUGAAGAGUUGGCAUAUCCAGCAGUCCCCUGUACCCAAGCUAUUUCUUUAGCCAAAAAAAAAAUCAGCAUAAGUCUCUUCUGAAUGAAAUUUCAAGAAAAGUCAUCCACAGUUCCCUUUUCCAGACUGUCUUUUAGCUCCAGCUGUAAUCAGGACUCUGUGCUUCCAUUGUGGAGCCCACAUUCCCAACAUUCUUUGAAGCCUUAGUAGUUCAUACUCCUAUUUACACAUGGGAGGUUAGGUUUUUCUCUACCCAGAGCCACUUUUCAGUUUAUCCCCUGUGGCCUAGUUUGCUCUCAGACAUUAGUUUGCUAGCAGAUGCCCCAUAUCUUUUGCCUGAGUAGGGAGAAGCAAGGGAGGGGCUAAUGCUUAGUAAGGAGAUGGGUGGUUACAGUUCAUUUUUUAAAAAGUAUUCCAAGAAAAGGUGCAAAAUAUUCCUGAAAGUCUCCAUGCUAGCCAUAGUCCAGGUGUAGAUAUUUGGAAGUGUUAUUUAAACACUCAGCAGGCUGAGUACAGGAAUACAUAUGUAUAACGUGUUUAUACUUUGCUUUUGUUUAAUAACAAUGUCCACUAAUUUUGGGUUCUUUAUUCCUUGGCACCAUUAUUUAAGUGAUGGAAUGCCAUGAAAUGUACUGUAUUGUAUAUUACUUGGGAAGACACUAGAUAUUCAAAGAAGUCUGGCAGUACUUGGGCUGUAGAGGGCUCCACAAGACCAAAGUCUUAAAGAUUUUACCUCCUAGCUUUGGUUGUCUGUGUUCCCACGUGAUGAGGUGAGAUUGUGGCUGGGGUAGGAGGAAGGGUGGAGAGAAGAAUUAUCCUUACUAUGUUCCCUCCUUCUUGGCACCUGAAUUAGGGAAAUUCACCUCAGCCUGAAACUGACCACCUGGCCACUUUUAAUGCGCUUGAAGUCUGGUCCCUUCUUUUGCUUCAGAACUGGCUGAGGAACCUUCCUGCCGAGCAGUCAGGAGACACAGCGGGGCCUGGGGCUCCAGAGUAGCUGCUGUGGCCGAGGGAGCUGGCAGCCAGGUUGGUCUGGGCAGACUGAGGGAUGCACGUUGGGGUGGAUUUCCCUAGACAUGCCCUAGUUCCCUGGAUCCUCUGCAGAGCAGGGCUCAUUGAGCAAAAGCCUUUCCCUUCUCUGGAAAGGAGGGCUAUGCUGGUUCUUCCCAGACCAAAGAAGUCAUUUGUGACUCCCAUCAGUUUUAAAGGGACAGAACCUAGGCAGCAGCUUCUCCCAAUUUUUAACACUAAAAAGAGUGAAAGGGAAGGCUAUAUUACUGCCACAGAUAGAAACGUGGACUGUACAACUCUCAGCUCCUACCUGUCAGCUCUCCAUUGCAUUUUUUUUUUGCAUUUUUGCUUGAGCUGCCAAAGAGGCAUCGAGAAAGUUUUUCCCUGAUUGGAGAAGUGGUUUGGGGUAGCAGGGCUGCAAAGUGAUAACUGCACUGAACGACACUUUAUUUUUUGGCUUAUUAUUUAGCACUGAGAAGCCAAGGGGGUUGGUGAUUGUAAUAGCACUUUGGGGAAUAGACUCCCCCUGGCCUUGCUUUGGAGAGAAGGCAUGCGUGGUAUUCCAUCUGACUAGUCAGGAAGUUCAUACUGCAUCAGAGUGGGAUAAAUGGCCCUCCAAGAGUCCAUUGCCAAGAGAGUAGUUGCUUUCUUUGAGUUUUCAAAGCUUGAUUUUUGGAUUUGCUGGAUCAAAUAACCCACUUUUUCUUUAAAAGAAAAAAAGAGGGUUUAUCCUUCUAAAUAUGAGGGUGGGGUGGGUUAGGGCUAGUGGGUGCUUAAGUGGGUUAGGUGGGAGUAACCUUGAGAAACUUGUAUGGCAAACUCCCUUGGGGAUUUUAAAUAGCACUACUGUUCUUAAAACGGUUUUAUUUUUAACUUUAUCUGCUUUGUUAACAUCCAGUCCAACUGAGCUGAUGGAAAACAGACUAUGUGUGAACCCCUGACAUUGGAAACCGGUCUGGAUAGCUUGUUGUCUUUUGUCUUUAUGUAAUGUUUUUGUGUGUUUGUUUUAAAGGACUAAUGUUUAUUAUUACAGUGUUAAAUAAAAGUGUAAUAUACUAAAUAUGUAGAAUAAAAGUGCAAUAACAAGAGAAAAUUAGUCAGGCACAAACUCCAGUUCUUACACUCUCUCCCCUCUUGUGCUCCCAGUCUCUAUCCAUGAUAUUGUUACAGCAGGACAGUGUUAAUUGUGUAUAUUUUCAAGCCAUGCAACUAUGGGUUACGUCUUCACUUAGUGUAAUUCUGAAUGGCUGGACUUGGUUUUAUAGAGUGUGCUUCUGGGAUGCACACACACCAGAUGUGCUGUAUAAUAAAGAUCACAUUAACAUUUUAGGUUUA